AUGCUUUCUCCAUUCCUUAUCCUUGUGCUAUCCUCUUCAAUUAAGGCUCUCACUGUGCCAGAGUACAGCUCCCAGGCCAACGCCCAGCCUUUCGCUCAGACAAGUGCUCAGGACCCUCAACAGUCACAGGGUGCUCCACAAUCUUCCACCUUCUCCACUGCCCCAUUCCUGUCAAGCUCGAUUACUCCUCCUCAACAGAACGCACCGGGUCCAAGCUCUCAGCAGCCAGAGUACGAACCAAGUUCAUCAAGUUCUGACGCAUGGACGAGCUCCACCUCUCCUUCUUGGCCCAGCUCCAGCUCUGAACCUUUCACUUCUAGUCAAGUGUACCAACCAAGCUCUCAGCAAGCUCUGCAAGAGCCAACAUCAGAUGAAUGGUCUGGAUACUCCGCUGUGCGUCUUGAGUCUGGUGCUCCUCAGAGCCCCCUGAGUUCCUCGAGCUUCUCGAGCUCCCCAAGCUCCUCCCCAUCAGCUUGGCCCUCCUCAGACGCUUCUUCAGAACAACCACAGUCCUUUGAACCUUCCUCACAAGCUGCCUUAGAGUCGUCGCUGUCUCCUUCGUCUUCAGGUUUUGCUUCUUCUUCGGCUCCACAAUCAUCUUCGGUUCCUGCUUCUUCCCAACAGUUAUCGUCUGCUGCUAUUCCAAAUGCGCCAUCAUCUUCAGGGCCCUUUUCUUCGGGUAUUGCUUCUCAAUCAUCAGAAGCUAGCUCUCUUGAGCCUGUUUCAUCUGGUGCCACUUCCUCUCCCAACUUGGAGGCUCAGGUUAGCUCUUCGAGUACUCCAUUAUCUUCUUCAAACUACUCCGAGGCAUCGUCGCAGCCAUUCGCUAGUCUGACUGGAGAUUCCUCCUCAGAAGUGCCCAGCGCCUCUAGCUCUGCUUCCAUUGCUUCACAAGAGGCUCACAGCUUCUCGUCCUUCUCCAAUACAACAUCGGCGGUGACUUCCUUAGUCACGAAGGUGAUUACUAUUGGCGGUGGUGAAGGGGGAUCUCCAACUACCGUUGUCACGACUGAAGAAGUAACCAAGGUCAUUACACUUGGCAACAACAACGCUAACCAAGAAACUGGCAAUGCUGCUCCAGAUGCUGCUGCUACUGACGUCGCAGGUACAGAUAAUGCUGGUUCCGAUGAUGAUGAAAGUGAUGAUGAAAGUGAUGAUGCUGGUACCGGUGGUGAUGCUAACAACAACAAUGCUGCUGGUGGUUCGCCCGCUACUGGGAACGCUGGAGCCAACAAAGGUGGAAAUGGUGGAGGUGCGGACACCCCAGAAUCAACUCUGACGAUCUUGUUUACUGUUACCCUUGACGAGUCCCAACCAACUGGUGGCGCUGACUCGGGAACGGGACUGGGCAAUGGCGGCGCUACCACAACCUCUGUGCCCGUCUUGCCCUCGACCCCCGGUCAAGGAGGCUACGGCAAAAACGAUACCAGCCACGCUCAAGGUCUGAACUCCACAAAACCCACCACUCCCUUAGAUGGGGGCAAUGGAAACUCCACCUCAAACUCUACGUUGGCCUCUAGAAAUGUAUUAGGGUCUCGCAAUCUUCUGCCAAACGACUAUAAGUUCGACAGGAAGAGAACAUCUUUGAUUUACGCUCCUGCGAGCACUCAUUAA